AUGGGUUUUGCCAAAAUUGUCACAACCACACUAAGAUAUCGCAGCAGUUUCCAGGCUAAUAGAAAGUACUUGGAAGACAAUGUAUUGCGCACAGACACAUUCCAAAAAAGCUUACCUCAUUUAGGUGUUCCGGAUCUAGACAAAACCCUCUAUCGUUAUCUGGCUUCUCAGGAAGCUAUUGAUCAAAGUAGUCUUUUUGCCAAAACAAAGAUAGCUGUUGAAAACUUUGGCAAAUUUCGCGGCCCUGAGCUGCAGAAGAUGUUACUAAUGUUUGAUGCUCACAAUCCAGACUCCAGCUAUGCUAGCCUGCUUUGGCUUGAAUUAUUUCUAGGAGAUCGACGCCCUAUCGUCCUCACACAUAACCCUGUGUUCCUCUUCAAGCAAUCUUCUCUUGGUCCUGAAUAUAACAACACAGUGAUUCGCGCGGCCAACUUGGUUCACAGUUCUCUUCGUUUUUUGAAGUCUCUGCGGGAUAACAAACUAAAACCCGAUAUUCUUCACUCUUAUCCUGCAAUAUCAAGCUCAAAAGCAUUCGAACGUCUCGUUGGGAAUUUGCCGUCUCUUGUGGCGACGUAUGGUUCUUAUUUGUUCAAGUCCUUCCCUUUGGACAUGAGUCAAUAUAGGAAUUUGUUCAACUCAUCCCGGAUUCCAGGAGAGGUUGUGGAUAGACACGCAACAUUCAUGGAAAGCCGCCAUAUUGUCGUCAUUAGCAAAGGAAAAUUCUACACCUUUGAUGUCUUCAAUGAACAGGAUGACCAAAUACCGUCGGAGCAAUUGGUCUCCAAUCUGGAGUUAAUUCGCAAUCAACCAGAACACGCUGCAGAGAGGCCCAGUGUAGGCGUGGUCACAGCAAUGGACAGGGACAGCGCAGCGCUCGCCCGUCAACGUUUAACGUUCCUUGACGGUGGCAGUGGAGGUAUUAACGCAAGAAAUCUUAAACUUAUUGACUCGGCCGUCAUGGUGCUUGUUUUGUGUGAAGGUGUCUCCGAUCAUCUCCCGGAAUUACUCUCCACGGUGCUUGCGGGCCCUGCGGACUCCCGUUGGUUCGACAAGUCGUUCAGUCUCAUCGUCAAUCGCAGUGGCUCCGCGGCCGUCAACUUCGAGCGCAGUUUGUGCGACAGUGCAACGGUUCUGCGUUUCGUCAGUGACAUCUUCAACGACUCCGAGACACGGCCCUCCGUGGAUCCGUGUCUUCUUGAAAACACCGAACGGUACGAUUGUGCUGUUCCCUUUUUUCGCCAUGGUAGGCAUCUUUCUAAAUGUGCCGCCGAUUGCUUCUUUUUAAAAAUCGAAAAUGAGGGUUUUUAUUCCUCCGAGUGUUGCAGAUGCAUGCACUCUUUACCACAUUUGCAGUCGUUGUCGAAUUAUGAAGACUUUUAG